AUGUACAUAACAACUAAAACUCUACCAAUGAAAGGUUCCCCAGAGGCAGCUAUCAUGCGACCAGUGUCUAUUCCUAUAUUUAUAGAAAAACAGUGGGAACAGAUCCGAGUCAAUAUCCCCCCACCCCCAUCAUUAGAUAACCCAGACACACCUUGCAGUUGGCGGGAAAGGAAGAAACGAAUUGAUGACGCGUUGUCAUGGUUACGGACAGAAUUGUCUAAUUUAAAGAUACAAGAUCAACAAAUCUUGGGUCAGUUCAGACGAUGUCAAGACACAAUUGAUAACCUGAAAUCACAGAAAACCCUGCCCUGGUCAGACUGGGAUAUGACGUCAGAGGAUGACCUUGAGGAAGAUGAAGGUCAUUGGGAAGAUUGGGAAAUAAAAGAAUUCGAGCAAGAGUUUGAUAAAAAUAAUAAAGAUUGUAAAGAAAAGAAGUGUUUAGAUCUAGAGACAAGUUUUGAAAAACGUCAGCAUUCUCCGUCGUUAUCCUCCUCAUCGUCUCACCUUUCAGAUAAACACUCACGAUAUUUCCAUCACAAAUAUUCCGAGUCAGAAUCGAGUUCCACUUCCGGUCAUUCUUCAUUAAUAAGACAAGAUGUGGAGAGAAGAAAGAGACCAACACGACACACAGUGGGUUCAGCCACAGCAGAAUUUCUCAGACAAUCUCCAGAACUGGCAAAACGAAUUCUAACUACAGAGAGUGGUAUUUACACUUCACGGUUACGUCUAGGAAUAAACCCCCCUCCUGUUACCAUGACACCUGUCAGAGUGUCGCCAGCUUCCAUGACGCAAUCUAUUACGUCACCCAAUAUUACGUCUGCUACAAGUGACGAUUUGAGAGUUACGUCAUCACCAAGUUCCAGUUGGGUAUACUCAACUAUAAGAAGGCCUACUAAAGACAGGCCUACUGCCAGUGGAUUGACAUCCCCAACUAGUCAUUCUGAACGAACAUUCUCUCCUGUCAGUGUUUUGUCUUCUCCACCCUUUUCCCCAUCCCCUACUUCCAUUUCUUCAACCCCUUUCUCCCCCACCCCGUCUGAACCUUGCCUUCCCCGUCCCUAUACUAACAACCAUGUCCCUUACUCACCAACUUCGUCUGAACCUUUCCACCUUCCUUCCUACACCACACAGCAAUAUUCUCCCCGAUCCGCCCCCAUAAUAAAUAAAACGGGCGCCUUUACGUCCCCUCUACACCCACCACCUCCCUACUGGCAUUCUACUAGAACACCUAACCAGUCUGGGAUGUCCACAGUGCGAUCACCAAUAACAUCUUUUGUCCAAAACCAUACUUCUUUCCCCACCCACCGUGUCCCUCAUUCUUACUCUCAGAGGUCCGCUCCGGUGAAACUAUCACAGUCUUCAAUACUGCGAGAUCGAAAUCCGUUCACCUUCCCACCCCCCGUUUACACAGACUUGUAA